AUAAUUUUAUAAAUAGGUAAUUAAUUUCAGCGAUAAUCAGGUUUUUUACAUUACUGUUUAAACAUUCUACAUAAAGCUCUGUUAACAUGCUUCGUAACAUACGGUCAUAUCAUAUCUUUCGUAAAUUUUCUAUUACCGCAUGUUUACCAGCGCAAACAUUUCUAACCAAUGAAUAUAAGUGUGCAGAAGCUUGGAAUACACAAACUUCUUCUUCAUUCAUAUCUAAAGUAAAUCUUAAUGAUUUUUAUAAUAUAUUAGAACAAAGCUACGCAUCUAAAGGCGUUCUAAGCGCUAUUGACGUGGAUAUAUUCGCCAAUGCCGUUAAAGACCCUACGUACUUGGACGAACUAAGAGAUCUCCUGCAUAAACUGAGACUCACUGCUGAAACGCAGAAUACAUUGGAAUCAACACACCAUGCUACUAUAAGAAAUUACCUUGAAUAUGGAAAUUUAUCAGACUUGGUAAACAUGUUAUGUGAUCCAUUGAAUUUUGGAGUAUUUUUAGAUUUUUAUACAGCUAAUAUGUUGUUAGAUAAAUUAUUAAGCACCGAACAAUAUGAGCUUGCUGCUCAAGUGGCAUCAACAGUUAUGUUACAAGAAGAUUAUUCUCAUGCUAUAACUAACAGCCUAUGCAAAUAUGCAUGCUACAAGUAUUUACUACAACCAAAGCAGGAUAGUCCUCCUGUUGAAGAUACUAACAAGAAAGUGGAAGAAAAAAAGAUAAGAAUAAAAUUUUUGAGGAAUCCAUUCUUUGAUGAUCAUUUUGAUCUCAAAGAUUUACACCUGUUAAGUGGUAAGACAUUAGCUUGGAUGUCCAGAAAAGACACAGACAAUGUUAAUAAUAAUUUACAAAUAAUUGGUUGGCUUUUUUAUAAAAAGUUUGAUAAAUUUUCAUCAACUGUGGAAGAAUUGUGUAAAAUAUCUACAUUCAAGUUAUAUCAAGAAGUAUUAGAGCUUGUCAAUACACAGUUACAAACUUUAAAUGAUGAUGAUAAAAACUUAAUACAAACAAGUGUUGAACUGCUCAAUUCAGCUUCUGUAGCUGAAGUCAAACUAGAAGAUUCAAUGAAAAAAGAAAUUGAAAAUGCUAUCAACAGAUUACAAAAUAAAGAUAUUUCCUCACAAAAAGAGCUAUUUGGAACAUGGGUCAAAAUCAGAGAAGAAAGAUUAGAAGAACAAGCAAAACGUUUAGAUAGAGCUAAAAGAGUUAAGGAUAUUGAAGAAAAACAGAAAACAAUAGUGGUAGAAGAGCAAAAGUUAUGGUUCUUUGAAAAUGAAGAAAAAAUUGACUUACAGAUUGAGGAAAAAGAAGAAAAGAGCCAGAUAACAACUUCCAAAACCACAAAGGAAAAGAAUGAUGAAAAUUAUAUUCCACCUGAAAUAUUACCUAAAAAGAGAUCUUAAAGCAUUUAGUGAACACAAUUAGAAAUAUAUAUGUGUAGUAAAUAAUUGAAGUAAUUUGCAUA